GCUUCGCCUAGCUGCAUUCCUGCUCGAAUGCGGCUGCGAGCGCUGCAAGCCGAAGCGUUUUGUUUAUACCCUCCUUCGGGCGCGCGAAGUUUGGAAAGGCAUUCGGCCAUUGCUUUUCGGUAUACGUAGAUCGAUAACGAGAACGCAAAUACGCUUUCGUACGUGCUCACUGCCGGAGAUACUUCGACGACUGACACAAACAACGCCGGUGACGUCACAAUUUCGCAGAUUGACCGGCGCCUCGAGACGCGAGCGAUACAACGGAUCAUGCUGGUCGAGACUUCGCAGUUGCGGGCGAUCCUCGUUGCUCUGCUGACGGCUCCUCACCUCGUGAGCGGCUACAGUCGGAGACCCGUGUACAACAUCUACCACAUGGUGAACGCGAUCUGGCAAGUGGACGAAGCCAUGGACCUGGACGCCAACGCCAUCGAAUCGGACGUCACCUUCGAUACUAACGGCACCGCAUUAUGGUUCUACCACGGCGUGCCGUGCGACUGCUUCAGGUGGUGUCAGCGUUACGAACAAGUGCCUGCUUUUCUGCGGUACCUUCGGCGAACAACAGACGGGGGCAUAUACGAAAAGCGCCUCGCCCUGCUCUUUCUGGAUCUCAAGACUGGCAGUCUUUAUCCAGACAAGAAGUACGUGGCAGGCGUCGACAUUGCGAAAAAGCUCCUGCAUCAUCUGUGGCUUGGAGUCUCUGUCAAGAAGGCGAUGAACGUCUUGCUGGCAGUGCCCAGCGUCGACGAUAGAGAAGUGCUCCGGGGAGCGAUACAGACCAUCCAUCGCCAAAUGCCCGACAUGAUCGACAAGAUAGGAUUCGACAUCACCGACAACGACGAGCUGAACACUAUUGAGAAGAUGUACCGGCAACUCGGGAUACGAGGUCAUCGGUGGCAAGGAGACGGUGCCUCGAACUGCGUCUCUUUCCUGCGACCUACCGGCAGGAUGUACAGCGUCGUCGCAAACCGCGACGCGGGAAAAUCAUCCACCUUCAUCGAGAAAGCUUACCAGUGGACCAUCGAUAUUCCGCAGCAGCUCCGACUGUCCCUCAGGAGAAACGUGGACGGCAUAAUCACCAACAGACCGGACCUCUUGGCAAGUAUUCUCAAGGAGAACGAAUUUCGAAGCACGAUGCGACCCGCCAACGUCUCCGACAGCCCGUGGACUCGUUUCGGAUGCCGAUACAACUGCGAAAGCAAGCCCUUCAUUUCAAUGGACGUUCUGAGUAACGACAAAAUCGUUGGGGCUACCAUACCCGCUUAGCUCAACCAGUGAGGAUGCCUAUAUAGAACGAAUGAGUGUUCCCAGCAGUGUCGCCCGAAAUUCCCUGCACGAUAUUGCCUGCAUAGAAAGCAGCCGAGCGUGCAGCCAUGCUGUCCAGGAAUGCCUGCCGACGCGCGACAAGUGUUCAUCGCAUGUCCACCCACAAGGUCUUCCAGCCAGAGCACGUGUUCCAAUCAGUAAAAUUAAGCGACCA